UCUAGUCAAUAUAAAAUAUCUCCUAAAAACUUUUAAAAACAUAACUACAUACUUUAAAUUCUUCUAAACAAUUGUUUGUUGCUUUCAAAAGUACAUUUUUUCGUCGUUCUAGAAAUCGCAAUGAAAUUCUUUUCUUUAGUUUCUUUAUCAACUAUGGUAUUUAUGGUCAUCCAUAAUGAUCAUUACUUGACAAAGUGUAUAGCCACGUCUGGCGUUCCCGAAUCUUCCGGUGGUGCUAACAAAUGCGUUCCCGAAUCUUUGGGUGAUGCUAACAAGCAAGACGAAUCUUCCGAUGGUGCUGACCAGCUAGAAAAAGGAAAAUACACCCCUCCUAAAUGUGGAAGUUGUGGGGAGACAGUAAAUGAAUCACAAAGAAAAAAUUUCUCCUGUGGUCAUUUAUUAUGUAAAAGUUGUGUCAAUAUAUCUCUUGAAAAAUAUAAGGAAAAUUGUCUACUUUGUCAAGAAAAUAAAAAUAAAAAUAAUGACAUAAGUAAGGAAUCGUUCGGAAAUAACUCAAAUUAUUUGUACGGAUGUGCAGUACAUGAUGAAUUUGCUUAUGCCAUAGUUAAAAAGUUCGAACCCUUAUUUUCUUCUAAUAGUUCUGAUCGUGAACACAGUUAUAUUCGUGAGCUAAAAAAAAGAUUUAGUAACAAGUAGUGUAAUUUCUAAAAAAUAUAAAAAUACCGUACAUAAAUUUAA